UUUAAUGUAUAAAUAAAUAUCUGGGACUGCAGAAUAUCUCAUCCGAGUUGAGGGUGCCGGUUUAGUGCCUUUGUUUAGUAUCUGACAGCUACAGUUGUUAUAUGACAAGUUGAAUAAUAUUAGUACUGCUUCUGCUGUCAAUCAACAACAAAGAAAGCCUCUACGUCUACAAUGGUAGCUAAAGACUUCAUUGAACUCUUUGCAAAAUUCAACUAUGCUAAUCGUGUAGCCGUGGAAGACUUCUCUGACAGGCUAAGUCUAUUCACAGUAGUCCUGUUUCUAAUCGCCUGCAUAGUUGUAUCAGCUAAACAAUACUUUUUAAAUUCAAUCUCAUGUUAUAUUCCUGUUAAACCGACUGGUGAAAAUUACAAUGCUUAUUUAACUGAUUAUUGUUGGGUGCAUGGAACUAUUCCACUGAGACCUGAUGAACCGAUGCCGUCUACGCCUAAAGAAUGGGAACAGUAUGAUGAGCUGAGAAGAAUAACCUAUUAUCAAUGGGUACCUUUCGUUCUCGGACUGCAGUGUAUAUUCUUUUACAUUCCUCAUAUCGCUUGGCAAGCUGUGUGUGCUAAUCGAUCAGGCGGAGAUCUAUUCGCUCUAGUAAAAGCUGCAGCAGAUGCAGCCAUCUCUGAACGUGGUUCACGUAAAAGUCAGGUGAAACGUGUUGCUGAGUUCUUGGAGGAUAUGAUUGACGGUCACAAAGAUUGUCGUCAUGGACGCAGAAUGAAUCUAACCAGACGUGCGUAUGAUAUGUGUGGAAUAUGCGUCGUUAGUAAACGUCUUGGCACUUGUCUUGUCUUCUCCUAUAUCUGCGUUAAGUUAAUCACCAUUAUCAAUGCUAUCAUGCAAGUGUACCUCAUUCAACGUUUUCUCGGAUUUUAUUCUGAUGGCAGCGCUGGCCAACGGAGUAUGCAGCUUGGUAAACCAUAUGAAGCUAACGGGCAAGUUGCGGCAAUAUCAAAUCAUGAGAAUGAAGAUUUAGAAGGUUUUGGAUUUGGUUUAACAGUUGCUAAUCAUAUACGCGCUGGACGUGAUUGGCCGGAAACAAUAUUAUUCCCACGUGUUGCCUAUUGUCGUGUCCCAGGGAUUCGAUUAGUCGGUGCAGAAAAUGCCUAUACUGCUCAAUGUGCCUUACCUAUAAAUAUGUUAAAUGAGAAGAUCUACAUCUUUUUCUGGUUUUGGAUAUGCUUUUUAAUUGCAGCAAGUAUUUUCAGCCUAGUAUUAUGGUUGAUUCGAAUGGUGAUAGCACCAAGACGUAAAGAUUUCAUUAAACGUUUUCUACGCAUUAAAGGAAUACGCUCAAGAAGUGGCGCUGAAAUAACACGGGCUGAUUUAGAUGAAUUCAUUGAUGAUUAUCUCCGACGUGAUGGUGUCUUCCUUAUUCGUAUGCUGGCAAUCAAUGCAGGUGAUGUUAUCACAUCGGAGAUUGUUAUGGCUUUAUACGAACAUUAUAUAGAUAACAUUUACUCAGUGGAUAAUUCACCACAGAAAAGCUUAGAAAAGGAACCAUUGAAGGAGGGGUCUGGGAUACCACCAAAUUAUGUGUAAUUUUGAAGAAGAUAAAUUGAAACAGGGGGAUAUGUUUUAUCUACUGUCUGUCAUUGUAAUUUUACUAUUUCUACGCGGAAGAACAAACCUAUGUGUUCAUUGGUGUGGACUAAUAACUCUUCCCAUCGCACACCUCAAUUCGUAAUUUUAUAAGAAGGCGAUAUACCGCCUACCAUGUGUAUGUGUGCCGUUAUCAUUCGCCUUUAAUAACAAACUAUUCGUCUUCCAUUCCUCUUUUUUUAUUAAAUAAAAAAUAUAUAUAAAUUACUCCAUGUUAUAUUUAGACUCUCUGGAUUUUUAUUUGUUGUUUUUAUAUAAUCAUAGACAAAUCUACUUCAAUAAUAAUUCCAUACUACCUAUUUUUUAAUACACAAUUGAUUUUUAUCAUUUAUUUUUAUUGUUCUUUUUUAUAUAAAUAUAUUUUGAAGAGAACGUAUCUAUCUAUAGUUGUGUUGUUCCUUGUCAAGCUUAUUUUUAAAGACUGUCAUCAUAGUUUGUGUGUGUGUGUGUGGAUGUGUGUCAAUACUCAGAAUUUCGAUGUUCGUGUCUCCACUGGCUACUUUUCCGAUACUGCCUUUUUUUGUGCUCAUUUCUUAAAACGAUUUUAUUUGUGUAGUAUUAACAGUAUUAUUUUUUAUUGUUAUGAUCAUGCAACAGCAACAACUAUACCACUACUACCAUUAUUAUUGUUAUUAUUCUUUGUAUCCCCCUCCCUCUGUUUUUCAAUUGUAUCUUAUUGAUUAACCCCUGAACAUUGUCAAUUUUUGCAGUUUUACAAUCUUGUGUAGUAGUAAAAUAGGUCUUUUAUCAA